GCAUGUUUAUUAAAAGUUGGCUCAUCAGCAGUCUCAGUUCUCCGUUGACACAAAAGGAAGCAACAGGAGACAUUUAAAAACGAAUAAAAUUAUGCCUCCAUCAUAUCAAGUCGAUGCUGUUUCUGUAUUACUUAAACAGCUGGAUGUGCAGAGACGUAAUUUGAUGUCAAUGUUGGAUAGGACCAAUAGUGUGAGUGUACAAUUAUAUUCUUUAUGUACUUAAAAGAAAGUAAAGGAUUAUGUCAAAUUAUGUCUGUAGUUAACUCAUGUAUGGAUUACGUGUGUAAAGUCAUAACUCAUAACUCUAUCUAACACUUUGUUAGCGACGUUUUAAAAUGUCAAUUAAUUUAUUUACGGAAUAGUGUUGUAAUUUUUACCUAGCCUACAUUAUUUUAAUUAAGUUAUGUUGCAUUAUUUAUUGUUAUUUUUUAACAAUAACUAUUAAACAUUUAAUAUAAUGAAUAUCGCCUAGUGAACUAUACUAUCCUAUUUACACAUAAAUAUUGAUGAUAAAACUUAGUGUAUACGUAUUAGAAUGCAUAAAUAAAAUUAAGUAUGGUCUGGUACAUAUAAUUAUUUAUAAUAUUGGGGAUAGCAAAUUUUUACUGGCUAUAUGACUAUAUUCUGUUGCAGUUACCGCAUUUACUUUUAUUCAAUAAUUAUUUCGGUACCAAUAAUAUUAUUGUGGGAAUAAAAGCAGUAGAGAAUUAGUUUCUUUUCUAAAUCAUAAUUACUGAAAACAAUUUUUUACUUUUUUUUUCAUGCCUGAAACUGAUACACUUGAAUUACUUAUAGUUAUUUUGAAAACAAAAUAAUUAAAUUUGAAUGUCAGUAGUUUUGGCCUAUAGACAACAGCUUAAAAAUACAUAUUUUAAGGAGCCUUUUUAUUUAAAAAAAAAUAUAAGUCAGUAGGCCUACUUAUAGUAUAAGACUAGAGUAGCAUACCUACAGCCUACAGUUAUUGUUUCAUAUUUAUAAAUUACAGGCCUACAGAAAUAAAAUUUUAUCUUAAAAAUUUAAGAGAUGACUUGGAUUUAGGGUUUUAUAAUUAAAAUUAAUAAUACUCUUCUUAUAUUUCAUUUAUUUCUUUUAAAGUGAUUGUAAAUUUUUUUAACUAAUGUUUCAAUACAGUUGCCAAGAAAAAAAUACUGUUAUAAAUAUAGGCCUAGGCCUACUCAUGAAUUGAAAGCCACUAGCUUUAAUUGUAAUUCAAGUAAGUCAUAAGUUUGCUUUUUUAUUUAUUUUUUUUAUUUCAAGGUCUUAAAUCAGUUCAAAGUCUGGAGUGAUGGAAAAGAAAAUGAAACAAGCUUUUUAAGCAUGUGUCAUGCUAUUGAGGAUGCUUUAAAAUAUGUUUCCACUAAAUGUUUGGAAAUCACAAGUAAAUACUAAAUUAUUGGCAAAGAAAUGUAAAAUCAAAGCACAUAAGACAUUAGUGUCAAUCUUUUUCAAAUCUAAGUCUAAGCCCAUUAGUUUUAAUUUCAACUUGUGUUGAAAAUUAAAAUCAAAUGCAUCUUUAUUUGUACAUGUAUUUAAAUAAAUAAAAUGAUUUAAUGUGACUUUCCAAUGCUGAAAAUGUGUAAAUGAAAGCUGGAAUUUAUGAUAAACAAAUAAACUAAAGUUAAAGUGAUACAAUAAUAUUUUCGUGAAUUGAAUUAUCCAAAAAUAUUUUAAUUAAAUUGCAUGUUAAUAACCUAACAGGUCUAUAAACUCAAAUCACUUCAUUGAGGAGAUCAUCAUUAUUACUAUUUUUGAUAUAGCAUUGUGCAAUUUAAAUACCGGUAUUAAGAUGAGAUAAAACUACUGUUAAUAAAAAUAACAAAGUAUAAAUUAAAUUUAAAAAUACCAAAGAGUUCUACAUUUUAAACGAACACAUUUUUUUUCAAUGUUGAUAUUUUAGGAGAGCACAAUGUGGAAGCUGGUGGCUUUGAAGAAAAAUUUGAGCAACUACGUGAGCCAACAGGAGUAGAAAUUUUACAUAAGCCACAUGUAAGAAAUGAAGUUAUUGAGAUUUCUCCUAAGGAAGAGGAACAAUUUAUCUCAGGUUGGUAUUAAGAGUACUUUAAAAAAUGCUGAUUCUUUUUUUUUUUAAACUAUACUAUCUAGAAAGAAUUCAUGUAAAAUAAAAAAAUAAAAAAAUGUAUAGCUAGAUUCAUUUUAAAAAGAGAAAAGAUAAUGAAGUAGACUCUGAUAAUUAAUUUAAGAUGGUUAUUUUGGUUCUUUAAAUUACUCAUGAUGAGAAACCUAUCAUUUCACUAUUUAUUACAUCAUUUUAUAUAAACUUAAUUUUUAUUUCUACCAGUAUAAUAAAACAUGGAUUUAUUAAAAUUAUAUACUAUGAAAGAAUAUAAAUUAAAAAUUUUCAUUCGCUGAACAGGGUGUGUUAAAACUAAUGCAAUAAUAUGUAAAAUAAUGACAAGUUUUUUAAAUCUAAAAUAAAAAUAUAAUUCUUUUUUAAAAGCUAAAAACAUAAGUGAGAAAAUUUAAAAAAAAAAAUCAUUAUCUUUCUAAAUAGAACAAUUGAAAGCACGAAUUGAUGUCAUGGAAGAGGCUAUGUCAUCAAUAACCAAGACAUUUUUCCAACACCAGGCUGAUACAGACAAAGCAGUUAAAGAAUGUACAAGUAAAUUUAUGGCUCGUGUUGACGAAAUUGAAAGCAUUUUUAAAAAGGACUCAAAAAAAUCAAAUGUUACUUAUAAUCAAUUGCAGACAUGCAAACAAAAUGUCAAAAAGCUUCAGGAGAAUGGACUUGAAUAUUGCUCUAAAAUAGAUUGCAUCGUGAAAGAAACAUCAUCUGCUAAUGUCGAUAUAUCUGUUAUGAGACAACAAAUAAAUUCUCUCACUAAAAGAGUUGAAGAAAAUGAAGGUGCUAUAAGAAGCUGUGAAGAUUUACUAUCGCCUUUAAAGAAUAAUGUUGAUAACAUGUCACAACUAUUACACAAAUCCAAACAAAUGCUUUUGGAAUUUCAAGAUGAGCAACAUAAAAACUUUGACAAAAUGCAGCAACAAAUUUCAGGUGUUGAUGAGCAGGUAAGAAACAUUAAAUAAAAGAAUUAUUAUCAAAUGACAAUAAUGCUUCAUUCUACAAGUUUAUACUUCUUACAUAAAAAUAUCUUAUUACCUUGUUUGUGUAAACAUUGCACAUUUUCUCAUUACAUGAGGUGAUAAAAUUUAUCUAAAGGUUAAUCAACACAGUGCAGCCUCUUAAACAGUUACAUCUCUUGUUCUGUUUUAAUAUCCUAAUAGUAUUUCUUUUGUUUGUCCCUCAGAAAAAGAUAAAUGGAAACUAUAUGUUUAGAGGUGCCUAUUGGCGUAGAGGUGCCCUAUAGGCAUAGAAGGGACAUAUAGGCAUAGAGGUGCCCUAUAGGCAUAGAGGGGACAUAUAGGCAUAGAGGUGCCCUAUAGGCAUAGAGGGGACAUAUAGGCAUAGAGGUGUCCUAUAGGCAUAGAAGGGACAUAUAAGGCUUUAGGUGCUAUAGCUGCCAUGAUGUUUAAGACAAAUACAUUUUAAAGCAGGGGCGGGCAAACUUUGUGUGCGUAGGGCCACAUUGACAAACGAAAAAGCUCUUAAAGGGCCCCAUAUAUAUUUUGCCAUAUUAGCAUUACAUAUCAAAGGUCAAGGACUGUUUACAUAAAAAGAAAAUUGGAAAGAAAUUUGAUAAAAAAUGUUAAAACACUCUGAAUGGAACAUGACAUUCUGUAAAAUUCAAAAAGAUAACUUAAAAACGAAGAUAUUUUUUAAAUUUCUAAACGCCCUCAGGGGCCACAAAACAUCAGUUGCCAGGCCGCAUGUAGCAGUAUUUUUCCCACCCCUUAUUAAAAAAAUUCAUUUGUCUCAGGAUAUUAUAUAAACUACCGUUAUAUUAUUUUUUAUUCAGUGUGGCACAAGGUGUAAUCUGCUUUAUAAGAAAUUGGCACCUUUAGAAAAAUUUCAAGAUUCAUUAAAAAAGGAAUCCUCAGCUCUAGAAGAAAAACAAAAGAAGGUAAUAGUGAAUUCUUAUUAAUUAGAAACCUUUUGUAUAAAUAGUUUUUUUAUAGAUGGCCAUUGCUAGUAAAAUAAUAAAUAGCAUUGUUCUUUUUUUUUUCUUUUAAUUGUUCAUAUGUAGGUUUAUCAUAUUACCAAACAGAUUAUGUAUUUACAUUUCUUUCGAUUUAGAUAAUUUCUCUAUGUGCAUAGUAAUAUUAAAUAUUAAGCCUACAUAAAAUAUAUAGUGCUGCUUUUUGAAGUAAAGGAAAAUAUAUUCCUUUUUUUUGAGCAAAGACUUUUUAAGUUUUGAGGUCCAGGAAACCUUUUUUUGGUUAUGGUAUUAUCUUCAAGAUUCUUGUUAAAUUAUAUAGAAACAUUAAUUGAUAAAGUUAUUUAUAUUUGUUUAGCUGUUAUGUCUGUUAUGCAACUCCUUAAAUUUGAUAUAUAUAAAUAUUCUAUAUGUAUUAUAUGUUAAUGAACUGCAGUUGCACAUUUUAGGUUGACAGAUUAUGCUUCAAGGUGUCAAAACUGGAAGAUCAAAUGAAUAUUAUGGGUAAGUUAAUAUCAUUUUUAGAACAUUUACCAUUUCCAACAUUUAAUAGAAAUUGAAGCAUACUUCACAAGUAAAUUAAUUUUUAACAGAAAGUAUAGUAGCUAAAAAUGGAUUGCUUCAAAUUGUAAUUGUAAUAAAGAAUAAAUAUUCCCAAUUAAAAUUAAAUGUAUUAAUGUAAGAAGUUGCAUUUAAAAAUGUAUUUGAAAAAUGUUUGUAUGCACAAACAAUGUUUACAAAGGAAUAGUGUUCAAAUAAAAAUUAAUUUUAACAAAUGUCAAUGCAAAUAGUAUUUGUUCAUACAGAAUAAAUAAAACCAAAAACAUGAAAAUAAAAUGUUUUUAAAAUUUUUCCUUUACCUCAUUUUUUACUCCCACCUUUUCUUGAAAUAAUAAAAAAUAAAUAUCCCACACUAAGAAAUUUCAUUUUUUAAACAAAACGAACAACAUUUCUUAAUAUACAUUAGCCCUGUUCAAAUGUUUAGCAAGCCUUUGAUGCUGUAAAUCUACCAGAUUAAAACUUAGUUUUAUUAUAAUUCAAUUAUAUUCCCACAAUACAGAAAAUCAAACAGUAAAAAAACAUUCAGGUUUUAGUACAAGUCUCAGGAAAGGCUAUGCAGCAUUUACAUGGUUUAAAGGGAAUUCAUGGCAACCAGCAGCCCAACCAACUACAGAUGUAAGAUGUAAUCUUGGUAAUCAUUUUAACCCAACAACUGGAAUAUAUACUGCACCUAUUGAUAAUGUUUAUUUGAUUGGCCUCUUUAUAUGCAAAGAUAAAAGCACUUCAGAGAAAGUGUCAAUGGUUUUGGACAUAUCUAAACGUACAACUGCAAAUCAGUUGUGUGUCUUGCAACGUUUGUCAGUAUAUGAAAAUGAAACUAAAGGUAGUCUUAUUAUAAUUGAAGAACUCAAAAAAGAUGAGCAGCUCAUUUUGGGUCCCUAUGAUUAUGUUAAAAAUGUUGAGAGCUCAUAUUUUUUCUGUUUUGGAUUGAAUUAGUGUAGCUUAUUAUUAUCCUUUGUGAUGAUUUCAUUUUAAUUUAAACUGAUUUUAAUGUUUAACAUUAUGAGGUCAAACAAAGUUUUUUUUUUUAAUAUUUAAGUAAGUAAAACUUAAAACACUAUUCAUAAAUUUUAUGAUCUCAGACAAAGAUAAAAGACAAUUUUAUGGGAUGGCUAUAAUUAUUAAUCAUAGAAACAAUAUGAGAUUUCCAAACAAAUCUUUAAUUUUUUUUUAUCUAUCAAAUGCAAUAGAAUUAAAAGGCAUCUUAUUUAAAUGUUUUUUUCUGGAUUAAAAAUGUUUUAAAUUUAACUGCAAUUUUGUAACAGGCAAAAGAUUUUUCUAUAGAUUCACAUUCUACAGCCCAUUUUUACCUUCAACUAAAACCAACAGUACUGGUAUUAACAAAAAUUGUACAUUGAAUCUACAGUUGAAUAUUAGUAAUAAUUUCAAAUCUUAUCUUCAUAAAUGUUGGCUAACACAUUUACUGCUUUGAUGUUUGGGAGGCUCUUUGCAUAAAAAUCAUGUAAACAUUGGCUGGCUAAGGAAUAAAUGUUUCAUUUUGUGCAAGUUCUGUAUUGAUUCAGCUUGUUUGAAGACUGCAGAUCUAAUUUUUACUAGGUUUUUAAACAAUGUUAUCAGUAUCAUUGAGGACAUUAGACACUAAUGAGUUGUCGUUUCUUAGUUAUAAAUUAGAUGCCAAUUGUUGUUUUGAGCAAAAAAAUACAUUGAUUACUAUUCAUCACAUCAGUUAGCAAAGCUGCUGAUUCUCUGUAACAUUUAGUAACACUCAGAUAGCCUGCAACAUACUUCAUUAUUCUAUAAAGGAGACAGUUGUGAACUAACUCUGUUCUGCCUUACUUACCACUGUAUUAUAGGCCAACAUUAAAGUUUAUUUUUUUGUUUUGUUUUGUUAUAACAGUUCUUGAAGAUUAACCCAGCUUUUCUAAACAGUGUUAAGAGUUUGCAAUAAAUAAAUAAUGAUCCAGAGAAGGUGUAACGUACCACAAAACAGUAGACACAUGUCAUGCAGGCUCCUUUCAUUACAGCCAUUUGCAAUGUUCACUGCUCCCAUUAAAAACUCAGGAAAUUCAACAAAACAUUUCAAAGAAAACAUUUUUAAUUAUUUAAGAAAAUAAAAGAGGUCUUCUUUAAGAAAAUAAAUACUUAUUACUCGGUACAUAUAGCAUUAGUUUGUGACAAUAAUACAUACUGAACAUGAAUAUUUCUUUACGAUGUGUAUUGCUUUUUAUUUUUGAAUGUCAUUUACUAACAUUACAGUUAUUUUCAAAUAAUUUCUCACCUACUGAUUCAUGUCUUACACAAUAUGCUUAGCUUUUCAAUAGAAAACAUAAUCAUUCAUGCAGCAGUUUUUUAAUUGUUGAGUUGAUACUAUUCUGAGUGUCUAACACUCAUAAAGAGACAGGACUCAAAGUCUGUGUUGACAAGCAGACUUAGACUAUUAGAGGAAAUAUCACUCCAAUUCUUCCAGCUGAAAAGAAGACAUAUAUCUUCGUCUUACUCUGAAUAAUAUGGUAAACAAAACAG